AUGGCUGAAUUGAAGCAAUCGUCCAUUCUGAUCAUAGGCUGCGGAACAUGGGGCGCCUCGACAGCAUUACACUUAGCCCGACGAGGAUACCAGAACUUGACUGUCUUGGACCCGUAUGAUGUACCAUCGACAAUAUCGGCAGGUAACGAUAUCAACAAGAUCAAAGGCUGGGCCGACAAUUACUCCGCUGGUGGUGGUGAUAUGAAGGACUAUGUGAGGGAUCGCGUAUCCCGAGAAGCAACCGAAGCAUGGGAUUCAGAUCCUCUCUUCAAGCCCUACUACCACGAGACAGGCUAUGUCAUCGCCGCAAGCCAGCCCAAGCACAUUAAGAAGCUCUACCAUGAAGAGCAACCGACUCCUGAGAAAGGCUUUGUUGAGCUAAAUACAGCUGAGGACUUUCGCAAGACGAUGCCAGAGGGCGUAUUGACGGGUGACUUUCCAAAUUGGAAAGGCUGGCUCAAGAAGGAUGGUUGCGGCUGGGCCCAUGCUCGCAAAGCGAUGACGGCAGCGGCAAUGGAGGCACGGCGGCUUGGGGCGACGUUGUUGACUGGUAGCCCUCAUGGCGAUGUGAGGUCGUUACUCUUCGAGAAUGGUGACGUUCGUGGUGCUGUAACUGCAGAUAGUAUACAGCACCGGGCCAAACGAACAAUCCUUUGUGUAGGUGCCAACGCACCACAGCUUCUCGACAUGAAAGGGCAGCUUAGGCCGACGGCAUGGACGUUGGCACAUAUCCGCCUGACUGGUGAGGAGAUUAAGUUGUACAGAAACUUGCCCGUGCUCUUCAACGUCGAGAGAGGCUUCUUUAUGGAGCCAGACGAGGACCAACAUGAGCUGAAGAUUUGCGACGAGCAUCCUGGAUACUGCAACUGGACGACAUCCGACAAGAGUAUCUCGAUACCAUUCUCGAAGCACCAAAUCCCACUUCGGUCAGAGGAAGGCGUUCGUCUAUUUCUGCGGGAGACAAUGCCACAUCUAGCAGACCGCCCCUUCAGCUUCGCAAGAAUUUGCUGGUGUGCCGAUACUCCCAACCGGUCCUUCUUGAUCUCUUCUCAUCCUGACUAUCCCGGCUUGACGCUAGGUAUUGGUGAAAGUGGGCAUGGUUACAAGCACAUUCCGGUCAUUGGCAGGUACGUCGCCGACUGUCUAGAAGACCAGAUGGAUGGCACGAUGAAGCAAGUCUGGAGAUGGAGGCCAGAGACAGCAGUCGGAAGGAACUGGGAGGAUGUCCAAGGUCGAAUGGGCGGAAGCUAUAAGGUCUUGAACCUUGCUGAUAUGCCAGAAGACCAGUGGACUCAGAUACGGUACGAUUCGUCGAAGCUCUGA